AUGUGGAGAUUACAAGUCACUACAAUACUAGAGUUGAGAGCCAGCAUGGAAGGAAUGGUGCUUCUUGUGUUGUGGACUGCAAGCUUCGUACUCAUAGUCAACGCACAACAGAAGCUGAUGAGAGGUCUCAAUGUUUCUGAUGUGCUUUUUGGCAAUCUUCACAAGGCAAGUGAUCCUACAGAAGACUGUCCAGAUGUUGUUGAUAACACUCAAGAACAAGGCUCUCAUCAGCUUGAUGAUGAAUGUAAGGAUAAGAGAGAUCAAUGUGAGACCAUCAUGUCACAAAUGGGAGACUGCAAGUAUAAAAUGCACAGUUACAAAAUCUAUAGGGAUACUUGCACAGAGGACUUGUGUAAAUGCGAUGAGAAAAACCAAACCAUAUGUCUGUGCAGUAACCUGAACCAGUUUUCCAAAGCAUGUCUGGAGGCAAAAGGACACCCUGGAAUGUGGAGACGUCCAGAUUUCUGCUAUAUAAGCUGCCCCAACACCAUGGCAUUUUUUGAAUGUACUUCACCUUGUCUUAAUACUUGUUCCAACCCUACGGCUAGUAAACUGUGUACUGAGCUGUGCAAAGAGGGAUGUUCUUGUCCACCAGGAACUGUUCUGGAUGAUGUGACUAACAAUAAGAAAUGUGUGAAACUAAAUCAAUGCCCUUGUGCCCAUAAUGGUAAAAUAUACAAGCCUGCAGAAUCGUACUCAGCUGCCUGUCAGAAAUGCACUUGUAUGUUGGGUCAGUGGACAUGCAGUCAAGUUUCCUGUUCUGGAAACUGCACUCUAAAAGGAGGAUCACACAUACAGACAUUUGACGAAAAGGAAUAUAAUUUCCAUGGCAAUUGCCAGUACUUGAUGUCCAAGGAUGCAGAUAACAAAUUUGCUAUAAUAGCUAAAAUUAUACAGUGUGGAAUGACCGAGACCGUGACGUGCCUCAAUACUGUUUACAUCAAUUUAGAACGCAUGAAAAUAAAAAUCUGUUAUUGUGGAAAUGUAUAUGUCAACAAUUUUUUGGUUGCCUUGCCAAAAAUCACCGAUAAAAUAGCUAUCUAUAAACGCUCAGCUUUCUACGUUUAUAUUGUGACGCCAUUUGGUCUUAGUGUGAAAGUCCAGGUGAAGCCGGUCUUUCAACUUUUCAUCUCACUGAAUUCUACAUUUCAGAACAGAACCCUGGGUCUUUGUGGUAACUUUAAUGGAAUUGAAGGAGAUGACCUAACGACCAUUAGUGGGGUGGUAGAAGAUGCAGUGUCAGAUUUUGGCAAUUCCUAUAAAAUUCAAGCCAGCUGCAGUGAUGUGCCUGACUAUUUUGAAAAUCCAUGCUCCAAGAACAUCAACAAAGAGGAAUAUGCAAAACACUGGUGCUCUCAUCUGGUGCUCUCACCCAUCUUUGCUCUUUGCCAUGAAGUACUGGAUCCCAAACCAUACCAGAAACACUGUAUAUAUGAUGCAUGUAACUCAGAGCACAGUGAGGAUGCUGUGUGCACCUGGCUUGGAGACUAUGCAGAUGAAUGUAGAAGCCAAAAUGUGUUGCUAAAAGACUGGAGAUGGAGAUAUAAUAUUUGUGAUCCUGGCUGUCCCGAAAGCAUGGUGUUCAUGUCUACCCCAAGACAAUGCAAUUUUACCUGCAACUCUUUAGCAGAACCAGACAUUCUCUGUCAUUUCACGGCUGAUCCAAGAGAAGGCUGCAGCUGUCCAGAAGGGACUUACCAGACUCAAAAUGAAAAGUGUGUGCCCCCCGAGGAUUGUCCUUGCAACUACAAAGGGCGAACUGUUCCAGCUCGUCAAACAUUUAAAAUAGACGAGAUCCUGUGUAAAUGUAUACGUGGAAUUUUGGAAUGUCCAAUGGCAGACGAGGAGAUCAAAGCCUGCAAGCCACCUAUGUAUUAUUAUGACUGCAGUUCUCCUAAUCCGGAUACAGUGGGCUCACAGUGUCAGAAAAGCUGCAAAACCCAAGACAUGGAAUGCUACAGCAACGAAUGUGUGAUAGGAUGUGUCUGCCCUAAAGGUCUAGUAUCUGAUGACAAUGGUGGCUGCAUCCCCCCAAGCGAGUGUCCAUGUGUAUAUAGAGGGAAGUUUCAUGACACAGGAUCGACAAUAAACAUAUCCUGCAAUACAUGCACUUGUAAGAACAGGACAUGGGAUUGCACAAUGGAGCAUUGCCCCAAGACCUGCACAUUAUAUGGAAAUGGACAUCUCAUCACCUUUGAUCAGGCCCGGAAUGAUAUCAGUGGUGGUUGUGAUUACAUCUUAGCCCAGGAUUUCUGCCCAAACAAUAAUCAUGAUGGAUCCUUUCAAAUCUUCAUAAAGCAUAUUCUCUGUGGACACACCAACACCAUAUGUUCUCUCCAAAUCCGAAUUAUCUUGCUGAACAUAACUAUAGACAUAUAUGAAGGACGAGUAGAGGAAAUAACAAAACAUAAUAACGGACCUAAAGAUAAUUCUUACAGUAUUACGUUAAUGGGGCAACACAUUGUCUUUGUCACAGAGUACCUAACUCUGAUGUAUGAUCAGAAGAUGACCGCUACUGUCCUACUUUCAAACACAACUGAGGGGACGGUCUGUGGACUAUGUGGAGAUAAUGAUGGACGAGCAGCGAAUGACCUCACAUCUUCCUGGUCACAAGGAUGUAUUCAUGAAAGAUCAAGAGCUGAGUCUCCAUGUGACACCAAUCCUGAAAAGCUUGCCUGGGCCCAAAAGCACUGCAACCUCAUCAAUAGUGAAGUUUUUGCUUCCUGCAAGUCACUGGUGGACCCCAUUCCAUUCUAUGAUACAUGUGUUGAAGAUACCUGUACUUGUAGCAAUGAUAUAGGGGACUGUGAAUGUCUAUGUACCUCCAUAGCUGCGUAUUCUGCGGAAUGUAGAAGACAUGACAUAUGUAUAAGAUGGAGAACUCCAAACAUCUGCCCUGUGUUCUGUGACUACUACAACAAGGAUGGUCAUUGUGUCUGGCACUAUGAUCCUUGUGGCACUCCCUGCCUAAAGACUUGUCUGAAUCCCGAUGAUUGUCAAAAGAUGGAGAAGCUUGAAGGCUGUUACCCAAUGUGCAGUAAUGAGCGACCCUACUUUGAUACGGAGAACCAAAUUUGUGUCGAUAAACUGAACUGUUCAGUUUGUACGGACAAACUUUGUGAUGAACAUACAGGAGAAUGCUUGUGUUGCUAUCUUGGAAAGACUUACCGUAAUGGAGAACCAAUCACUGAAAUGAUUGAUGGACAGCUAUGUAUCACUGGAUACUGCAUAGAGGGACAUCUUAAAGACAUUGACAUAGCUUGUGGAUAUUUCACAUCCCAAACUACAGCUUUGACUGUUACACCAGAAGCUUUUACACAGACUCUUCCAAAGAAAACUGCUACAUUAAUUUCUGAAAUUACAAAAACAGAUCUGUCCAAAUAUACACAUAGUGCCUUGCCUUAUACUAAUGCCUCAACAACAACACCAAAAAUAUAUUCCUCAACACAAAUAGUUACCGUCAGUGUUUUAAGUCAAAGUCAGCCAGUUACCGGAAGAGGCAGUAGCAUUCUAUCAGGAAAAGUAACUGAAUCAACAUCUACUACUCUAAUAUCAUCACCAUACGUUUAUGCACCUACAACUCUCCCAUCAAGUGCCACUGAGCUAAGUACUUCUAUUUCUACAAAAGAAACUACUCAAUCUCCAAUACCAACGUCCCUCCCUAAAACAACUCAUACAACACCAGUUAAAUCAACUUAUCCAGCACUCGUGUCAAACACUACAACCAUAUCUUUACCAUAUCUAAAGGGGAGCACAACUUUAAAAACUAAAAUGACAGUGAUUGGUACCAUUCCCCUUAUAACAUCAAAGACAACUAAGUUACAUACUUCUACUCAGUCCACAAUAAAAACAGUCCUCUCUAAAACAACACCUUACACAACCACUUUUCAACGUGUCACUUCCAAAUAUACAGUCUCACCACCGUUUUCUAUAGCGCUUACAACUUUCAAAACUAAAGUGACUAGUACCACUCCAACAUCAAGUACAGCCAAGCUUAGUACUUCUAUUUCUACAAAAGAAUCUACUCAGUCCACAAAACAAAUAUCCCUUCCUAAAACAAUUCACACAACACCGGUUAAAUCAACUUAUCCAGCAUUCACAUCAAAGACUACAACUAUAUCUUCACCAUAUCUAGAGGGAAGCACAUCUUUGAAAACUAAAAUGACAGUGACUGGUACCACUCCUCUCACAACAUCAGAAACAACCAAGUUACGUACUUCUACUCAGUCUACAAUACAAACAGUCCUUUCAAAAACAACACCUCGAACAACCACUUUUCCACAUGUCACUUCCAAGUCCACAAUCUUGCCACCAUAUUCUAAAGCACCCACAACUGUAAAAACUAAAGUAACUAGUACCACUCCAAAAAAAUCAAGUACAGCCAAGCAAAGUACUUCCAUUUCCACAAAAGAAGCAACUUUAUUCACAAAACAAAUAUCCGUCCCUAAAACAACUCACACAACACCGGUUAAAUCAACUUAUCCAGAAUUCACAUCAAAGACUACAAUUAUAUCUUCACCAUAUCCAAAGGUAAGCACAUCUUUGAAAUCUAAAAUGACAAUAACUGGUACCACUCCCCUCAAAACUUCAGAAACAACCAAGUUACGUACUUCUACUGAGUCCACAAUAAAAACAGUCCUUUCUAAAACAACACCUCAUGCAACCACUUUUGAACAUGCCUCCUCCAAAUCAACAGUGUUGCCACCAUAUUCUAAAAUGCCCAAAACUUUAAAAACUAAAGUGACUAGUGUUACUCCAACAUCAUCAAGUGCAUCCAGGCUAAGUACUUACAUUUCUACAAAAGCAACUACUCCUUUCACAGAACAAAUGUCCCUCCCUAAAACAACUCGCACAACACCAGUUACAUCAACUUAUACAGCACUCAUGUCCACAAUAAAAACAGUCCACUUUAAAACAACACCUUAUAGAACCACUUUUCAACAUGUCACUUUGAAAUCUACAGUCUCACCACCAUUUUCGAAAGCUCACACAACUUUAAAAACUAAAGUGACUAGUACCACUCCUCUAUCAAGUGCAAGCAAUUUAAGUACUUCCAUUUCUACAAAAGAAACUACUCAAUUAACAAAACAAAUAUCCCUCCCUAAGACAACUCAUACAACACCAGUUGAAUCCACUUAUCCAGCAUUUGUAUCAAACACUACAACUAUAUCUUCACGCUAUACAAAGAGGAGCACAACUUUGAAAACUAAAAUAACAGUGACUGGUACCACACCCCUUAUAACUUCAAAGACAACCAAGUUACGUACUUCUACUGAGUCUACAAUAAAAUCAGUCCUUUCUAAAACACCUCAUGCAACCACUUUUGAACAUGCCUCCUCCAAAUCAACAGUGUUGCCACCAUAUUCUAAAAUGCACAAAACUUUAAAAACUAAAGUGACUAGUGUUACUCCAACAUCAUCAAGUACAGCCAGGCUAAGUAGUUACAUUUCUACAAAAGCAACUACUCCUUUCACAGAACAAAUGUCCCUCCCUAAAACAACUCGCACAACACCAGUUAAAUCAACUUAUCCAGCACUCAUGUCAAAGACUACACCUAUAUCUUCAUCAUAUCCAAAGGGAAUCACAACUUUGAAAACUCAAACGACAAUGACUGGUACAAUUCCCCUGAUAACAUCAAAAACAACCAAGUUACAUACUUCUACUCAGUCCACAAUACAAGCAGUCCUUUCUAAAACAACACCUCACACAACCACUUUGCAGCAUGUCACUUCCAAAUCAACAAUAUUGCCACCAUAUUCUAAAGCACCCACAACUUCCAAAACUAAAGCAACUAGUACCACUCUAACAUCAUCAAGUACAGCCAAGCUAAGUACUUCCAUUUCUACAAAAGAAACUACUCCAUUUACAGAACAAAUAUCCCUCCCUAAAACAACUCGCACAACACCAGUUAAAUCAACUUAUACAGCACUCAGUACCAUUCCCCUUACAUCAAAGACAACCAAAGUAUUUACUUCUACUCAAUCCACAAUAAAAACAGUCCUCUCUAAAACAACACCUUACACAACCACUUUCCAACAAGUCACUUCAAAAUCUACUGUCUCACCACCAUUUUCAAAAGCUCCCACAACUUUGAAAACUAAAGUGACUAGUACCACUCCAACAAGUACAGGCACGCUAACUACUUUAAUUUCUACAAAAGCAACUACUCCUUUCACAAAACACAUGUCCCUUCCUAAAACAACCCACACAACACCAGUUAAAUCAACGUAUCCAGCACUCAUAUCAAACACUACAACUAUAUCUACACCAUAUCCAAAGGGGAGCACAACUUUGAAAACUAAAAGUACAGUGACUGGUACCAUUCCCCUUAUAACAUCAAAAACAAGCAAGUUAAGUCCUUCUAGUCAGUCCACAAUACAAACAGUCCUUUCUAAAACAACACCUCACACAAUCACUUUUAAACAUGCCACUUUUAAAUCAACAGUGUUGCCACUAUAUUCUAAAGCACCCACAACUUUCAAAACUAAAGUAGCUAGUACCACUCCAACAACAUCAAGUACAGCCAAGCUAAGUACUUCCAUUUCUACAAAAGAAAGUACUCCACUCACAAAACAAAUAUCCUUCCCUAAAACAACUCACACAACACCAGUUAAAUCAAGUUAUCCAGCAGUGAUAUCAAAGACAAAAACUAUAUAUUCACCAUAUUCCAAACUAUCCACAAGUUUGAAAGCUAAAAUGACAAUGACUGGUACAACUCCCCUCCCAACAUCAGAGAAAAACAAGUUACAUACUUCUACUCAGUCCACAAUAAAAACAGUUGUUUCUAAAUCACCUCACACAACCACUUUUCAACGUGAAACUUCCAAAUCUACAAUCUUACCACCAUAUUCUAAAACACCCACAACUGUCAAAACUAAAAUAUCUAGUGUGAGUCCUGGCAUAUUUUCCGAUAUAUUUGCAAACACUUUCGAAACAUCUACUUCUAUGAAAAAAACGAUUCACACCACAACAGAAAAGACCCUCUCUAGAACAACAAGUCACACAAAACCUAUUAGAUACUCAACCACAUCUUCAGCACUCAUUUCAAAAACUACAUUUAUGUCUCCACCACAUUCCAAAUCACCCACAACUGUCUAUACUAAAGUGACUAGUGUUAGUCCAUGGAUAUUUAAUGAUAUAUUUGCAAACACAUUAUCUACAUUUUCAACAUCAAAGACAGCCAAGUUACAUACAUCUACUCAAUCCACAAUACAAGCAUUCCCCUAUAAAUCAACACCUCUCACAACCACUUUUCCUUAUAUCACUUCCAAACAUACAACAACCAAAUAUCCAACAAUUACUGAGAAAACAUCUGCCAUGUCUGGGAAGACAACAAAAAUAGCAACUACUGGAAAAGAAUCUACUCGGAGAGAAAAAAAAGAAACAUAUUUCAGAACUUUCAGUGUGCCGACGACAGUAGGUGAUCAAUGCCUCUUGAUCUCAGAGCCUAUCAAUAUAACAAAAGGUGAAUGCAGUACACUGCAGGCUGUGCCUAUGAAUUAUUGUGCUGGCCGAUGUUCUACAUCUUCAAUGUUUUCCCAUGAUCUUGAGAGUAUGAUGAGAAGCUGUUUUUGUUGUUUGGAUAUGGAGGGAAGCUCCAGAACAGUUCAGCUUACCUGCCUUGAUGGAAGCACAAUACCUUACACUUAUUAUCUUAUACAAUCAUGUUCAUGUGUGGCCAUGACCUGUGGAAAACCUGAAGACACCACAUUGAGACCAGUUACUUGACCACGUCAUUGAUGAUCAGAUAGCAUUCUCAUGCAACUGUUGCUGCAUUACGUGCAUCCUACUACAAUCUCGCUGGAAUAUAGUUCAGAGAAACAUAUGAUUUAGCUAAUAUCUGUAAUUACUCUAUUAAACCUGACAGAUGGACAGAG